UUUAUAGAAGAGGUUUGCUCAAACGAUGAUCGCAGAGCGCACAUGGAUUCGGUAGAACUUUCGCUCCCUGAGUGUUUUUCCCUGCACUCCGAUCAACAAAUGAAUUUAUCAAAGGCCCAAGUUAAUAGCGAAGAUAAGUACGCCAAAUGCGGCGCUUGGAGAACGCAACAGCAAUACGACAUCGAGGCCAGUCACAUGCGUGAUGCACAUGCUCUAUAUAACCAAAGGCUGCUCUGCAGAAUGUCCAGCAAGGACCGCCACAUUGAGUCGAGUUGCCCCUCCUACAUAAAGACGGAACCAUCCAGCCCCGCCUCACUGACGGACAGCGUAAAUCACCACAGCCCCGGCGGCUCCUCAGACGCCAGCGGUAGCUACAGCUCCACCAUGAACGGCCAUCAGAACGGCCUGGACUCACCCACUCUUUAUGGCCCAACAGGCGCUCUGGGUCCCAGCGGAACUGGUGCCAAGCGUUAUGAGGACUGUUCCAGCACCAUCACGGAGGACUCACAGAUUAAAUGCGAGUACAUGCUAAACUCCAUGCCCAAGCGCCUGUGCCUGGUGUGUGGGGACAUCGCUUCUGGCUACCACUAUGGCGUUGCCUCCUGCGAGGCCUGCAAGGCCUUUUUCAAGAGGACCAUUCAAGGAAACAUCGAGUACAGCUGCCCCGCCACCAAUGAAUGUGAGAUCACCAAACGCAGAAGGAAGUCCUGCCAAGCCUGCCGCUUCAUGAAGUGUCUGACCGUCGGCAUGAUGCGAGAAGGUGUUCGACUGGACCGUGUUCGUGGCGGAAGACAGAAAUACAAACGCCGGAUAGAUGCAGAAAACAGCCCCUAUUUGAACCCUCAACUGGCUCUGCCACCCAAAAAGCCAUUCCCCUUUGGCUGCCUUGCAGAUAACAAGAUUGUGUCUCACUUGCUGGUGGCGGAGCCUGAGAAGAUCUAUGCCAUGCCUGACCCGACGGUGCCCGACAGCGACAUCAAAGCCCUGACCACGCUCUGCGACCUGGCAGACCGAGAGCUGGUGGUCAACAUAGGCUGGGCCAAGCAUAUCCCAGGGUUUUCCACACUGUCGCUGGCGGAUCAGAUGAGUCUUCUGCAGAGUGCGUGGAUGGAGAUCCUGAUCCUACGUGUCGUCUACCGCUCACUGUCUUUUGAGGACAAGCUGGUGUACGCUGAAGACUACAUCAUGGAUGAGGAUCAGUCCAAACUGGCAGGUCUGCUUGACCUGAAUAAUGCCAUUCUUCAGCUGGUGAAGAAGUACAAGAGCAUGAAGCUGGAGAAGGAGGAGUUUGUCACUCUUAAAGCUAUAGCCCUGGCUAAUUCAGAUUCCAUGCAUAUAGAGGAUGGGGAAGCUGUCCAGAAGCUCCAGGAUGUGUUGCACGAGGCCCUGCAGGACUAUGAGGCAGGUCAACAUGUAGAGGACCCGCGCCGGGCCGGCAAGCUGCUCAUGACCCUACCACUGCUCCGACAAACGUCCACCAAGGCGGUGCAGCACUUCUACAGCAUCAAACAGGACGGCAAAGUGCCCAUGCACAAACUGUUUCUGGAGCUGCUGGAGGCCAAGGUGUAACUUCGCCCCCAAGCCCCGCCCCAUACCCACAGAGAGCUGGAGGCGGGAUGUCUCUGACUCCGCCCCUUGACCCGGCCAGACACUGACUAACUCUCUGCCGCAGAUCGUGAAACAUUUGUCUAUAAACUUUAUCAAAUAAUAACUAAAAACAUAACCGUAACGGUACUUCUAAUUACUGACAAUGAUGCGUAAAUAUAAGAAUGAUUUAAAAUGUGAUUAUUGAGAAAGAAAUACAAACUAUGAAGUGGGAAAAAAGUGACAGCAGUGAAACCAGCCGUCGAAACUUGUUCCUCUCGAAAAUCUGAUGCUGAGGUUUUUCUUUUUGUGCUAUUGAGACAUUUUGUUGAUCUAAAAAAAACCCCCGUCAAAUUCUGGAACCGAGAAAGACCAGCCCUGCCAAAGGAAGGAGGUCCACCUGGUGGACACCAGCAAGCGAAACUUUCCCCAAACUGUACCGUCAAGCUCCCAUGUUGCUGAAGGAAUCUAGGAAACCUUUACCAUAAGAGUGCGGCAUAGAGACUAUGUGCAGCAUUACAUUAGCAGUCCUCUGAGCAGUUUAUAGCCAAACGGAGAUUGUCACGUCUUUGAAGAAGCUGCUCCUCUCUCCAUUACGUAGCCAUGCAGAUUGAUCAUGUGUGUAUGUGUGUGCGCGUCACUCCCGUGUCCUUUUCUUUCAAGUCUUCCAACUGUUUCAUUUCGAUCUUUUCAGGGAAUAGCCGAAGCUUUAGUCUCUCAUGCAAUAGAGGAAUCGCAAGUGGUCAAGGGACAGACUCAUUUAUUUAUUUGAAUUGUUUUAUUCAAGUGUAUUUUUACUGUACUGAAGGAUGUAAAUAUGGUAUGAUCAUUGAACAUGAUGUUUCUUCAUGUAAUGUUAAUAAUUGAUCGUUAUGUUUUUCUACCGACCACCGUGUUGAGCGAUUUACAAAAACCAUGAGAACGAAAACCUGCUAUCUUCUCUAAGCAAUAGAUGUUUAAAAAAGUGAAGGUGUAAAUGUAUGCAAUUUUAUUUCUUUUCUUUUCUUUUCUUUUUUAUUAGUGCCACAUUUACUUGGAAAAAAAAAGACUUUCCAAAAGCUUUCGCUUUUCUGUCUGUGCUUGUCAUAAGACGAUAGAUUACAUACAUGAUAUGGCCAGAAAGACCAUAACCAUUAUCUCGAGCCAAUUAUAUAUGCAUAUAUAUAUAUUAACUUCAGCCUCGAAAUUCUAUUUGAACUUUGUUAAGCAAAAUAGCACUUAGGGAAGACGGAGCAAAACAUUGUAGGUUUAGUUUCACGACGGUUCUGAUUUUUCCAAGGAACAGCGGCAGAGAUAUCGGUCGCGUGAUGUAAUCUUCUUCCAGAUGACAUUUUUAGCAGAGAGGCUCAAGUAUCAAAGCAAACGAUCUACAGCCUUCAUCACAAAUAUGUCAGUAUUAGUACGGGGUAUUUUCUGAAUAUUAUUAAGCAUUGUAUAUUGUAAAUUAACAGAUUAUAAAUCUAACCUAAGACAUUUUAUUGGAACAGAUCAGAGAAAAAAAAAAGAAUGAAAAAAAAAAAUGUAGUUCAGCUUCUUGGUGUUUCAUGUCUGCUGUGUUUUUUCUGAAACAUCUGUUUUCCCCCCCCUCUUUCCUCUGUCACGCACAAAAGAUGUAGCGUCUUCCUGUUCAGUAUGCGUUUGUUUGUUUGUUUAUUUAUUUUCUUCCUGUUUUUGCUUUCGUUUUUUUAGACACAGGGUAGAAUUAGAGACAAUACUGGAUGUAUGAAUCCUCAGGAGCAAGAUGAUGGGUUCUCAAAUAACCUUCAGAAAAAGACUCUUCCUAGUUACCGCUAGAUCAACCGAUCAAUGAUCAAUAUAAUCUAUGCUGAUAUAUAAGUCAAUAUUUAAAAGGAGGUGCGUUAUAUGUACAAGAGACCAUCUGUGUAACUCCUAUCUUGUAGACUAACACUGUAUACCAUAGGUUACGAUGCUUUGAACUAGUUUUUUUCUUUCUUUCCCCUCUUUUUUCUGAGUUUUCCUUCUCUUAACAAAAUGCUGUAUAUAUAUAAGGCCUUCAUGCUGAACUCCAUUGGUAUAUAUCUGGACUAUAAGGUUGCAAAGGGAAGAAACAUUUUUGUUUGUUUUGGUGUAAGAUCGAUUUUUCGAAACUCUCACUUUGACUUUGUGUGCUUAAUAAAAAUGACGAAAAAAAAUGAAAGAACAGAUCAUUUUUUAAAACAAACGGGGAGGGUUUUUAGUUGCUUUUUCCUCAGUCUUGUUCUAUGAAAACACUGUAUCUAUCAUUAGCUAUUCAAAACUCUUAAUAGAAAGGUUCGUGUAACGUGACUAGAUCUUCUCGCUCAUGGCAACUCAUCAGAUGGUCAAACUUGGGGUUUUCGGGGGGUCUUGCUGUUGAGAAGAUGUUGGCACUUUCAAAUCUUUUCCACGCGAUCAACUCCUGGCAGAGGAGGUGCUGUUUUUAGUUCUUUUUUCGUGUUGUACUUACUCUGAGGUGAUCAAGAGAGAAAACGAAGCAAUGUGAAACUAGAUAUGCUUCUAAUUGAGUUCAGUUUUAUAAAAUUUCAUGGGAAAAAAAAAGACAGCUCCUGAUCAACUCUGUCUUUCAGAUAUGCAUUUUUCCGAGUUGCUUUUAGUGCACAAAAUGAAGAAGCCAAUUUUAUGACAAGUACCUACGGUGUAAUUUUGGACGAAACGGUACACAGACCUCAAGAACUACGAUUUUACUGUCUUUUAAUGCUCAUUUAUCCAGCUUAGAAUCCGAUGUGUAAUUUACCAGUACCUGCAGUUCCUUUUUUUAGAGAUAUUUUCUUAUUUAAAGCAAUAUUGGCGGUACGACGUGCAGUUGUUGUACAAUACGAUUCGAUUAGUGAUCAGAAGUUGUCUCUAUUGGACUGUUUUGCAAAUUCUAGGAUUAAGAAGGAUCAAAUGUACAAAGAACUGCUAUUUUUCAAUGCUGAAAAGGUUCUAGGUGUUGUAUUUAUUCAUGCAUCGACGCGUCUGCCAAAUGCAUCUAGGCUUCCUGGCAGAAAAAAGUAAGGGGAAAAGGACGAGAUCCAGAAAAAAAAGAAAGGGGAAAGAGUGAAAGAGCAUUCGUGAAGCUUCUAUGAUCAAUAUGAUAAUGAUAUAUUUCAACCCAGGAGUUGCUGAAACAACCUGUAGUGAGAAUCAUGUCUGUAGUUUUUAGAUGUGCUCCACAUCGGUAAAACUAUUAACUGUAUAUUUUUGUGAUGUGCAUCAUUACAAGUGUGCUCCAAACAAAUAUGUCCAUUUGUGUAAAUGUAUUUAUUUUACAUUGUAUAUAUUGUUCAAUGCAAAAAGAGAGACCUAUGAUUCUGUAACUACGAUCAGUUCAGAUGUGUAACUCCAAUUAUGCCUUUCAGGAUAAUAGUAGAGCAAUAUUAAACAUGCUUCCA